GGAAGAGCUGAUCUUUCCAAAAAGAUCCUGGGGCAGAGUCCAGGGCGGCUCAAGGCUCCUCCGCACGCGCCUGCUGAACCCGGAGCACCCUGAGCCACCAGGAUGGGGCAGGCCGGGGCUGCCGCCAUGAUCCCGGUCCUGGCCCUGCUCUGGGUGGCAGUGCGGGGGGAUGCGACCCCCAGCACCCCGCGCCUGCGGCUCUCCUUCCAAGAGCUCCAGGCCCGGCAUGGUCUCCGGACCUUCAGGCUGGAGAGGACCUGCUGCUAUGAAGCUUUGCUGGUGGAUGAGGAAAGAGGACGCCUGUUUGUGGGCGCUGAGAACCACGUGGCCUCCCUCAGCCUGGACAACAUCAGCAAGCGGGCCAAGAAGCUGGCUUGGCCGGCCCCCGUGGAAUGGCGAGAGGAGUGCAACUGGGCAGGGAAAGACAUUGGCACUGAGUGCAUGAAUUUUGUGAAGUUGCUGCAUGCCUACAACCGCACCCAUCUGCUGGCCUGUGGCACGGGGGCCUUCCACCCAACCUGUGCAUUCGUGGAGGUGGGCCACUGGCUGGAGGAGCCCAUUCUUCGGCUGGACCUUCGGAGGCUAGAGGACGGCAAGGGCAAGAGUCCAUAUGACCCGAGGCAUCGGGCUGCCUCCGUGCUUGUGGGAGAAGAACUGUACUCAGGGGUGGCUGCAGACCUCAUGGGCCGGGACUUCACCAUCUUCCGAAGCCUGGGCCAGCGUCCGAGUCUCCGAACAGAACCACAUGACUCCCGCUGGCUCAAUGAGCCCAAGUUUGUUAAGGUCUUCUGGAUCCCAGAGAGCGAGAAUCCUGAUGAUGACAAGAUUUACUUCUUCUUCCGUGAGUCGGCAGUGGAAGCUGCACCAGCACUGGGGCGCCUGUCCGUGUCCCGUGUUGGCCAGAUCUGUCGGAAUGAUGUGGGUGGCCAGCGCAGCCUGGUGAACAAGUGGACCACGUUCCUGAAGGCACGGCUGGUGUGCUCCGUGCCUGGUGCAGAGGGUGACACGCACUUUGACCAGCUCCAGGAUGUGUUCCUGCUGUCCUUGAGGGACCGUUGGAGCCCGCUGCUCUAUGCCGUCUUCUCCACAUCCAGCACCGUCUUCCAAGGCUCUGCAGUGUGCGUGUAUAGCAUGAACGACGUGCGCCGUGCCUUUCUGGGGCCCUUUGCACACAAGGAAGGGCCCCUGCACCAGUGGGUGUCCUAUCAGGGCCGUGUUCCCUACCCCCGGCCAGGCAUGUGCCCCAGCAAGACCUUUGGCACCUUCAGUUCUACCAAGGACUUCCCUGAUGACGUCAUUCAGUUUGCCCGGAACCACCCUCUCAUGUACAAUUCAGUCCUGCCCGUGGGUGGGCGCCCUCUCUUCCUACAAGUGGGUGCCGGAUACACCUUCACCCAGAUCACUGCAGACCGUGUGGCAGCUGCUGACGGACACUACGACGUCCUCUUCAUUGGCACAGAUGCUGGCACCGUGCUGAAGGUGAUCUCGGUCCCCAAGGGCAGCCGGCCUAACGGGGAGGGGCUGCUCUUGGAGGAGCUGCACGUAUUUGAGGACUCGGCUGCUAUCACCAGCAUGCAAAUCUCUUCCAAGAGACACCAGCUGUACGUUGCCUCACGGAGCGCAGUGGCCCAGAUCCCCUUGCACCGCUGUGCUGCCCAUGGCCGUGCCUGCGCCGAAUGCUGCCUGGCGCGUGACCCUUACUGCGCCUGGGACGGGGCCGCGUGCACGCGCUUCCAGCCCAGCGCUAAAAGGCGGUUUCGGCGGCAAGACGUGAAGAACGGCGACCCCAGUACGCUGUGCUCCGGGGACUCGUCCCAUCCCACAUUGCUGGAGCGGAAAGUGUUCGGGGUGGAGGGCGGCAGCGCCUUCCUAGAGUGUGAGCCCCGCUCGCUGCAGGCACGCGUGGAAUGGACCUUCCAGCGCGCGGGGGAGGCGGCCCGCACCCAGGUGGCUGCGGAGGAGCGCGCCGAGCGCGUGACGCGGGGGCUGCUGCUGCGCGGGCUGCGGCGCGGGGACUCAGGCGUGUACCUGUGCGCGGCUGUGGAGCAGGGCUUUUCGCAGCCGCUGCGUCGCCUGGCGCUACACGUGCUGAGUGCCGCGCAGGCCGAAAGGCUGGCCCGGACCGAGGAGGCUGCGCCCGUCGCCCCUCCAGGCCCCAAGCUCUGGUACCGGGACUUCCUGCAGCUGGUGGAGCCGGGCGGCGGUGGCGCUAGCUCCCUGCGAAUGUGUCGUCUGCAGCCCGAGUCGCGCCCACUGCCUCCCGAAUCGCGGAGGAAGGGCCGAAACCGCCGAAGGCACGCCCCCGAGCCGCGCGCAGAGCGGGGGCCCCGCAGCGCCGCGCACUGGUGA